AUGAACCCCAACAACCAGCAGCAGUCCAACCGACUGCAACUCAACUUCGGAUUCCAAGGCGCUCAGAACUUUGGCGGCGCUGAGCAGGGCCGUGCCUAUCCCACCACCCCUUCGACCUUCCCGCAACCCUUUCCCAAUCCUCAGGGACAGCAAGAAGUCUGGGGUACCGCCCAGCCUGGUAUGAACAGUGGCUUCACCAACCAAGGCUAUUUCGCAAACAACCCCUAUACCUCAGCCCAAGCACAGCAGCAAGCACAACAGCAGCAGCUCCAACAACAACCACCACCACCACAACAGCAGCAGCAGCAGCAGCAGCAGCAGCAGCAGUACCACGAUGCCGCUACAAACGGUCUGGUGCACCAGUUCUCCAACCAGAACCUUGGUGGCACACCUCGCGCCCAGAGCCCUUAUGCUCGUCAAGUUUCACCCAACCCCAACCCAAACCGUCCGCGUACCGCCAACUCGACCCACCAACAGCAACAACAACACUACUCGGGACCGUCUUUGUCGGAUGAAGAGCCGCCGCCAAAGAACCCAGAGCGCUUCUCGACAACCAUUGGCAACCGUGCAAAGCUACAGACGGAGCUGGUCAGCACCUUCUUCCGUGACAGCGUGGAGCGAGCUCGCGAUCGCAACGCACGUGCCCAAGAGCUCGAGACGAUCAUGAAGGAUGCCACAGUAUCAGACUCGCGCAAACAGCAGAAGACGACUAGCAUGCGUCGCUCCGAAGCAAACUUCCUUCGUUUCCUUCGUACCAGCGAGAGGCCUCAGAAUUAUUCAACUAUCAAGAUCAUCGGCAAAGGAGCCUUUGGUGAAGUCAAGCUCGUGCAGCGCAAGCACGAUGGCAAGAUCUAUGCCCUCAAGUCGCUCGUCAAGGCCGAGAUGUUCAAGAAGGAUCAGCUCGCCCAUGUGCGUGCCGAACGCGACAUUCUUGCCAAUGCCGAUAGUCCUUGGCUCGUCAAGCUGCACACGUCGUUCCAGGAUUCGACCUUCCUGUACAUGCUCAUGGAGUUCUUGCCAGGUGGUGAUCUCAUGACCAUGCUGAUCAAGUACGAAAUCUUCUCGGAAGACAUCACUCGUUUCUACAUGGCCGAGAUCACACUGGCUCUGGAAGCCGUGCACAAGCUGGGCUUCAUCCAUCGUGAUAUCAAGCCUGACAACAUCUUGCUUGACAGGGGUGGCCACAUCAAGCUCACCGAUUUCGGUCUCUCGACAGGCUUCCACAAGGAGCACAACGCCUCAUACUACCAACAGCUCAUGUCCAAUGCUCGCUCACGUGCAACCGCCGCAAACCGCCAGUCAGUUUCACUCGACCAGAUUCAGUUGACUGUCAGCAACCGUCAUCAAGUCAACACCUGGCGCAAGUCCCGCCGUCAGCUCGCAUACUCGACCGUUGGCACUCCCGAUUACAUCGCUCCCGAGAUUUUCAGUGGCAAGGGCUACGACUACCGCUGCGACUGGUGGAGUGUCGGCACCAUCAUGUUCGAAUGUCUGAUCGGAUGGCCUCCAUUCUGCGCAGAGGAGCCCCACGAUACCUACCGCAAGAUUGUCGACUGGCCUAGAAACUUGCACUUCCCUCCUGACCAACAGAUUGGCCCUCAGGCGGAGCACUUCAUCCGCAGUUUGAUCUGUGAUGCCGACAACCGCCUUGGUCGCCUUGGAGGUGGCACCGAGAUCAAGCAGCAUCCCUUCUUCCAUGGUGUUGUCUGGGAUCAACUUCGUCGUAUCCGCGCUCCUUUCGAGCCCAAGCUUUCGUCAGCAAUCGACACACAGAACUUCCCCAUCGACGAGAUUCCGCAGACGGACAACAGCGCUGCUCUGCGUGCUCAAAACGAGGCCAUGGGUGGAGAGGAAGCCAGUAUGAGCUUGCCCUUCAUCGGCUACACGUACAAACGUUUCGAUGCUUUCCGUGGAAGCUGA